AGUUAAUAAUUAAUUAUGUUUUGUAUGUAUCAGUGUUAUUAGGGAGCAUGGACUUAUUGAUGUAUACAGAAUAUUAGGUAGAGAAAGGUUGUUGUCCAAUGAAGAACAGUCUGUUAGAGUUUUAAUGAGACGUUUUGCAAGAUUUCUUGAUGCAGAGACAACUGAAAAACUAAUACAGAGUUUUUUUAACGAAAAGAGGUUGAUUAAGAGAAUCAAGAUUCUUCAAACUUAUUGUUGCCUUGGUAUCAAAACACUAGCUGGUGGUGAACUGUAUGAAAGGUUAAGAGAGAAGAGAGAGAAAACAAGAGAAAGAAUGAAGGCUUCACUUGUUUUAAUAACAAAGAAUAACAAGUCAAUUGCUUCAAUGGAACAGCAGAAUGCUACUAUAUCAUGUACUAAUACUGAACUACAAGGACAACAAGCAAUGUGUAGUACUGGUAAAACAAAAUACUCAUUAACUCCAUUAAACAUUACAUACUCACCUGGUGUGGAGCAACUGGAUCAUGAAGAGAAACAAAUAUGUUCAGUCCAUCGUAUAUUACCUGAUGUAUAUUUACACUGUAAAGGAGUAAUGAUUGCUGAGAGUAGGAAAUGUGGAGGGAAGCUACGUCUGAUGGAUGCUAGGAAGUUGUGUCGUAUUGAUGUAAAUAAAACUAGAAAAAUAUAUAAUCAUCUUGUGUCUAAAGAACUUGUACAACAACAUUAAUGCAUGUAUUUAUCAUUGAAUGGAUUUGCAAUGUAGUUUGGAUUUACUAUCCAAAUUUGUAUCGUGGUUUCUCAGCUGGGCGCAGUGGCGUGUGCCUGUAACUGUAGCUACCUGCAGGGCUGAGGUCUGUAGAUGGUUUCAGGUCGGGACUCCUGGGGGGGUGCUGCUCUAUGUUGAGCGGACGCCCGCACUGGGUUUGGCAUCAAUAUGGGUAUUGCGGAGGAGUCCAGUGAUGUCCAGGUUGUAUAAUGAGAACCGUAUCGGCCCAGGCCCUAGCGGGAGCAGGCAAAAGGCUCCGUACUGAGUGGUAGUGGGAUAACGUCUGUGAAUUCAUUCACCAGCCUGGCCAAUAAUUAAUCAGACCAAACUUUUUUGUUUCUUUUUUUUUCUUCUAGUAAAACUUUAUUUCAAAAAUCGUAUAUGUUACGUAGUCUAUAAUAUCUAUGGCAUAAUCAAUAUGUCAGUGUUUAUUUAUGGAUACGGGUGUGUGGGUGUAGGUACAUAUCUAAAUUGGAUGAAGUCCACUGAGUUAACAGAGGAGAAAGCAAUAAAAAAAACACUAAUAAUGUCAGCUGCUGUGCUACAGAUUUAAAUGAUUUAAUUAUUUUUAAUAAAUUAUAACAAUUAACAAACAUAAUUAAAACAUAACGUGGGCGAAAUGUCUGUGGUUCACAACUUCCGUUUGAGCAUUAAGGAGGAGUGUGUGCCUUGGUAUAACUUGAAAGCAUCAGUGGCAGCCAAUCUGUUUAGAAAAUAGAAAUGAUAUUUUUACGGUUACUUGUAAUAUUCCUGGGAAGAGUAAGAGCUUUAAUGGAGCAAGUGGCAGCUCCCCCUCGAGCUCCAGUGCAGGAGAGCGCUAGAGGAGCAGCAACCUCACCCGCCGUUAUUGUUGCUGGUGAUAUUCUCUGGUACAUGAGGGACCCGCCACCAGAUGCUCACUGUCAGUUCUUAGUGCAAUCUGAGCAAGAGACCAGCUACUGUUACAGAAAAUGUGAAAUGGUUACAUCUCAGCACACCAAAAUACCUAACAACUGUGUUAUCUAACCGAUUGAUCACUGGAAAAGCCAACUCUCACAUUACUUCACUGCAUCUUUGUAGCCUCAGAAUUUAUAACACUGAAAAGCAACAAUGUUGUGUCAUGCAACAAUGUCGUGUCAUGCAACAAACAAUGUACGAACACUCGAUGAAUCAAAUACAUGCACAUACAAGUUCUUUAAUUUUGUAUUAAAUGUACAAUGUAUUGUCUAUUUUUGUUUCCAAUAAUGCUGG